UGGGUGACAUAAGGUCUCCUUGUGUCAUUUAAAUUGUCCUGGGAAAAUUUUCACUGCUGGUGAUAUUAGACUGAAAGCAGAGGAUGUACUGUGAAAGUUGACAGAUAACUAUAUAGUACAAUACAGGAACACUUGGUAGUAGCUGUGAAGAUAAUUGUACAUGUCACAUUACUGCCAUGUGAUCUGUCAAUCAAACUGUCAGGUGAUCACCUCUAAAACACCAACCUAGUUAUUAAUGAAUGAAUGGGAUACUGCACAAGAAUAAAACAGCAGAAAAUUAGAAAAUAAAUGAAUUUGUCUGGUUUUUGGAUUGUAUUUCAUAUGUUUUAAUGCAAUCUAAGUGAAGCUAAGAAAAUUUAAGUUUUUCAAGAGAUGGAUGGCAACUGAUACAAAUAGCCACAUUAAAUUUGAGAAAAGCUUCAUAUGAUAUAAGUAACAAAAGGUUGUUAGUGUCCAUUAAGCAGACAGUGUUUGAACAGAAUUUAGCAUUUUAUUAGUUUUGGGAAUUUACCAUAAAAGCCAAAAUGAAUCAUAAUUCUAGAGGAAUAAAUAGGAGAAAAAGAGAUACGUGUGGUAAAAACUUCCUUAAAGUUGUCCUUUAUGUGUUCAACUUUUUCUUUUGGCUGACAGGGAUAGCUUUCCUGGCAUUAGGAAUAUAUAUCAAGUUCCAGAAGCAUACCUAUAUCAGUCUGCUAGGGAGCAGUACUUUUCCUUUGGCAACAUACUUAUUGCUAGGGACAGGAGCCUUUAUAAUCUUGUCAGGAAUCAUUGGUUGUACAGGGACAUGUAUAGAAAAUAGAUGUUUUAUGGUUAUGUAUGCCUUGUUUUUGUUGAUAAUUUUCCUGACAGAAGCAAUAUCAGGAGUACUAGCUUAUAUGUAUGAAGGCACAAUAAAAGAAGAAUUAUCACGAAAUUUAAAUUCUACAAUGAUGAAUAAUUAUCAUUAUGACACAGUUAUCACUAAAGCAAUAGAUGAUAUGCAAAAAGAGUUUGAAUGCUGUGGUGCAACAGGAUAUGAAAACUGGGAGAGAUCUAAAUGGAUACAAGAAAUGAUAACAGAAGAUCCUUCAGUAAAAGACAGAGUACCAGAUUCCUGUUGUUUGUCUGUUUCUACUGAUUGUGCCAAAUUUGGUAACGGUCCAUCAAAUAUAAAUCCAGAGGGUUGUACUAAAGCAUUGGAGAAGAAUACAAAAGAUUCUCUGAUUCUAAUAGGUGGAAUUGGUUUAGGACUUUGUUGUAUACAGUUGUUGGGUAUUAUAUUCUCUUGUUGUUUAGUAAGGAAAUUCAGAGGACGAAAAGACUCAUCAUAUCUUUGAAAUAAAAAAAGACAUCCAGAUAUUUGUAUGAGAAAGUUUGUAGGUUUCAUCCAUGACAUUCUCCUUCUGGGACCAAUAACAGUUUCUUGCCAUAGACCAAAAGUAUAUUUACUGUUUUAAGAUGAUAGUGUAAAGGGCGAUGCAGAAUUAGUUGAUAAGCGGUUAUUGCCUAAUAAAGCAGAGUGGUGUCUGUCAGAACAUCUGUUAAUGUAUGAUUUACUGUGCCAUGAAGUGAACAUUGACUUAUAAAUUUAUGAUUUUAUGUAUUUAAAAAAAAAUAUUGUUUUUGAAGUUCUGUAUUUUACAUGUGGAAAAAAACACAUAAACUUUUUUAAUUGUACUUUUAAAAUCAUGUAAAUUCUUUUAUUUUUGUUUCAAUGUGUGGUACACUAUUUGUCUAAUAUAAAAAGUAAAACUUUUGAGAUUGCAAGUUUUCAGAAGCAUGUUAAAAUAUCAGUUUUAAUUGUAGAGGGUUUAUAAAAUUAUGUAAACCACUGGCAACUUAUGAAAAGAUUGUUAUUACAAUGUUUAACUCCGUAAUUGCUAAGUGAAAACCCAUAGAUAAAUAUUACCUUUAAUGGGAGAGUUGCUAUAAAAACCUUCUGAAAAUAUAAACAUGGUCAAUUUUAAAUGAAAUAGGUAGGUUAGUUUUAUUUGAGUUACUGGUGGUGAAAAAGUACCUAAAUGAUGAGGAAUUUUUUUUUUUUGUUAAUGUAUGAUAUAUUUCAUUUUUUUUGCAUCCAAUUAAUCUUUUUGUUUUUGAAAAAACUUUUUUUCACAUUUUUGUGUAUAAAUGAUUGUUACCAGUGUAUUCUAAACUUUUUUUGAAUCAAAGACUUACACUUGUUCUUAUUUCCAUGUAUAGAAUGAAUAAUCUUCGACUCAGUAGGGUUGAUUAUUAUUCAGACAGGUUAAUUUUUUUUUGUGAUGAUAGAUCUGACUGCAAGAUAAAUACUGAUAGAAAUAUAUUUUUGUAUAAUGGGACCAUUUUAAUUUAAUUGACACUUUUUUGCUAUAAAUUGUAAUCAUGCCAAAGUACAAAAUUUACAUGCAAGUUUAAAACAUUUUAUAACAUAUUUUUUAGGAAUUUAUUGCACCAAUGGCAAGACUAUCUUUUGAAACCCCAUUCGUGUAUGUCUAUGCAUAUUCUGUUAACAUGAAGGGUUUAAAGUGAUGUUUUUAUGCAUAAAUUUCUUCUAACAAAAAUAAAGAAUUUUAGAAAUAUCAACACAAUUCUUACCAUAAGUAUUUUAUUAUGUAAUUACAAUUUUGAUAAUAUAAAUAACUUGCAACUAAAUAUUUUUUCCAUAGUUCAUGUAUUACUAUAGUUUAGAUAAAAGAAGCAGUUUUUGACAAAAACUUAAAUACAGUGUUGGUGCUUGUCCAUCAAUAAAUAUCUGUAUAGUGGCUUUGUGUGUUUAGAUGUGUGGUUAGGUUGCUGUCUCAAUGAGAUCUCUAUGUUUUCAGAUUGUUUGUAUUGAUAACAAACCAGUCAGAAAUGUAACUUUAUUUUGUUGCUAUUUUCACUAAUUUUCAAUCAAUCUCAGAAUAACUCACCUAGUCAAAUUAAUGCAUAUGAAAGUACUGUAUUCACGAAAGUAAAUUAUGUUUUUUUUGUUGUUGAAAAGCUGUAUAUCUACACUUAUCCUAAUUUGUUAUAUCUUGAUGAAUAAUGUUAUUGUAUUGCCUGUAGUAGGGGUCAUUUCUGUCGACUUAGUCACACAUGCCACACUUGUUAUUCCCUAAUUCCUUGAAAACAGCUUGACAUAAUUCGACCAAAUUUUCACAAAAUCUUCUUUAAGACAUGAUGUUUAACCUGCUAUUUUUGACCGAGUGAUUUUUUUGGGUUUCCCAUUCCACACACACUUAUAUUAUUUGGAGACAGCAGGUGAUGAAGUUUUUCCUUGGAAGACAAAUACAUUUUAUUCAUACCUGUCUUCAAUUUAUUAUUAUUCAGAACCUUUCCAGAAAAAAGGAAAGAUCAUGACCACUGAUAUUUUGUUUUAUUCUGAGUUUCAGAACGAAAAUUUUGUAUUGCUGAAUGCAAGUAAAUAAUGAAUACUUAAUGUUUAUGCAAUGUAGAGAUUAUGAAAAAGGUGUGGCCAAAUUUUUACCUUGGAAUAAUUUUAGAAAAAUGUUCUUCAUAUAUAGGAAUUUUUCAGGAUAUACAUGAAUUUUAGUGGAAGUUAAUAUGUUUAUUUCCAGGAUAUGUUACAAAAAUAAAAAGGAAUAAAACUGUUACUAUAACAUGUCGGAUAAAAGCUCUACAGAGCUUAUGUUUGUAAUGUAAAUUUUCUAUUUCUAUUCUAUUCUAAAUUAAUCAUAUCUUCGGUUUGAUUACAAUUUAAUUUGUUUUUCACUUAGAGAGACCUUAUGAAAGUGAUGAAGUGCCAGUAUAAUAACAAAUUUGAUUAUGACAUAUUUUAUUAUUAAGUUUUUUAUUUACCUCAUUAAAAGCAUUAAAUUACAUACAAUCCAUUAUCAUUCAUCGUCAGUAUUAUAUAUAUUUUUUUAUCAUGUAUAAAGCUUUUUAUUGAAUGUGAAUUUCAAAUGUUUUAUUGAUUUCAAUUUUAUCAACAUUGUAUUUAUCUUUAUUUUAAGCAUGAAUUUGUUUAAAGGUUGUCUAUGUUCAUUUUAAAAUUGAUGAAAAUAAAAGAAAGAAUUAA